GUGGUGUCUUUUUUUAUGUCAAGCAAGAAAAUGAAGAACUCUCAGAGGCUCACAUUUCUGUUUUUAGGGGUAUGCAUUUUUUCAUCACGGUGGAUACUGACCCAUCAGAAAGUCAACUUGGCCUUAGGGGGAAUAGCAACACAAUCUUCUAUAUCUGGAAAUGCUAUUCCCAAGUUGGCUAUUGAUGGAAACACAGCAUCUUCCUUCAGUUCUGGCUCAUGUACCCAUACAAAUACAAACUAUGGUCCAUGGUGGAGGGUGGAUCUGUUGGCAGAGUAUGUUAUUGGGAAUGUAGUCAUUACAAACAGAGGCGACUGCUGUUCAGAACGGAUAAAUGGUGCAGAGAUUCACAUUGGCAAUUUCCUAGACAACAAUGGCAACAAUAACCCCAGAUGUAUUGUUAUCCCUAGCCUCCCUGCUGGUGCCUCAGCAAGUUACACCUGCAAUAUGAGGGGUCGUUAUGUGAACAUUAUCAUUCCCAACAUUAACCAGGUUCUCACACUUUGUGAGGUGCAAGUUUAUCAAGGGCCUACUAUUAAGUGGGAAUUUCUAAAAUUAAAGAUUAAGAGCAGUGAGGAUCUCAGCAACCCUACCAUGAAAGAGAACAUUCUUCAAAAGAUAAAAUCUGCCAAUCUACAGUCAUCUGUAUUUCAAAUUCGCUGGACAAUGGAACCUGAACUGGAAACCAAAACUUAAGAUAAGAAAGGUCCAUCUGCCUCCAGCCAUUACUCCUGAACACUGUGAGCACGGUGAAUGCCUCUAUUCUAUCACUAUUCAUCACACUUUGACAAAAGU